GUUUGUUAUUGCAAAACGAAACCAAAGAGCAGGCGGAAGUAUUUCAAAACCUAAUUCCCUUCUUGUUCUCGAUUUAUUUGCUUAAAAUGUAAGACAAAUCAUAUAAAAAAGAUCAUUGGUAUCUACUCCUACAGUGGAAAGUAGAGCAACGCUUUGCUAGCUGUAAUUGUGAAGAAUGGCGACUUGCAGCCCGACAGAAGACGAAUACGGCUACGACGACAGACGGUUUCAAAAAGAUAUCGACGAAAAUUUUCAUUGUUCAAUCUGUUACAACGUUCUCAAAGAACCGAGGAUGUGUAGCAAUAACGAACACAUCUUUUGUCUCGCCUGUAUCACCCGAAAUCUCAACGAGAACUUUGAAACUUGUCCUGAAUGCAACGAAGAUUUGAGUGUAGAUACGCUUCGUAAGGCACCUCGUUUGGUGAAUAAUUAUUUAUUUGGGCUUAAAAUAAAGUGUGACUUUGCUAGUCGGGGAUGUCCUGAGUUUAUCCGUCUCGAAGCUCUGGAAAGUCAUGUUCUCAAUUGUGGUUUUUCUCCUGUGUUGUGUUCAAACGAAGAAUGUGGUUUGGAGAUUAACAAACAAGACAGAGUCCAUCACGAGACUGAAGUUUGUGAAUACAGGAGAGUGAAAUGUCAUGACUGUGGACAAAUACUGAAGCUUGUUGGAGUUUUAAUGAAAAUUAAUACUACGACUAACGAAAAAGUAGAAGUUUUGAAAAAAGAUGUAAAAGAUAAUCUUUCCAAAGUAGAUAAGAAUAUGGCUGAACUUAAAGUUACGAUGACACAAAUACUUCAAAAGUUAAGCAAUCUUGAAAUGAUGGGGAAUUCGCCGUUCCCAGUGAAGCCAAAGGAAGGUGCUAAGUUACCAGAUGCAUACGGGACUGUGUCAUUGCCACCUCCAGUAUCACAAAAUAUCAAGUAUACAGCAAAUCAACCACGUCAAGUGCGGCUGAAACCGCCUCCACGAACCUCUCCUGUAGGUAUUAGUAUGCCCGGUCAAGACCUUCUAAUUCCAUCAGUUUUGGCUCAAGCGUCACCUCCAGAUCAAAAGCGAAUGUUGGGCGAGCGUCUUUUCCCACUCAUUGUACAAACCCACCCUGAUUUAGCUGGCAAGAUAACAGGAUUGUUGUUAGAGAUAGAUAAUGCACAAAUACUCCACAUGUUGGAGUUUCGUGAAGCAUUGGCUGCUAAAGUAGAGGAAGCUGUGAGCGUUCUCCAAGCCACGCCAAUCGAAGCAACAUUAAAUUAUCCAAGACUUUAGUAUAAUAUAUAAAUACAGGAUAUUAAUAUAAUGUACUGAUAAAUAUAAUGUAUAAAUAUAGAUUACUUAAUGACGAACUAACCAUGGAGUAAUUUGUUUAUUAUCUAAGUAUAGAGAUUUACUGUAAAAUACUUGACACUGACAUACACACAAGCGAAGUAUAUCCAGCUUCAAAAAUAGAUUCCUUACUGUUUAUUUCUUUAAUAUAUUUUCUUUCUCGGCGUAAUAGACCUUUCCCCUUUUGAGUGAAAUUUUGAUCUAGACAAGUCUAGACAAAAAUUUUAUCACAGCUUGAAAGAGCAUCACAAAAUUAGUAAUUUUCCGAAGUUUCGUUGCGAAAUGUUGUAAAAUGCGGAUAAUAUAGCCUUGCGAAGUUUGCCGUUUUUCAGUCAUUUUGUAUAUACAAAUGGAAAUCGAUAAUCAGUUUGAUCAUCUGAUUACCAAUUUCCCGUUUGUAAUACAAAAUGACUGAAAAACGGCAAACUUCACAAGGCUAUAUAUAUUAUCCGCAUUAAUAUUUACAACAUUUCGCAACGAAACUCCGG